UACUCGCUUUGCAACACCUCUACGGCAGUCAUGCUUAAAUACGCAUUAACUGUGUGCAUUUUAUGUUUGAUCAAAGCAGACAGCUUUUCAAAUGACCUUCGCAGAAAUAUCAAAAUAUAUCAACAUGUAUAUUUCAACUACAAUAUCAGAGAUUUCCCGGACGAAGCAAUUAAAAAUCAAAGACGGAAGUCAUUGGAACCGGUUAAAAUAAAAACGACUGAUGCAUUGCUAAUUGAUGAAAACAGUUCCGACAAUGGCAAGAAGACAAGACAAUCGUCAGGACCUGUGAUAAUGAAGAUAUCUGAUGCAUUGCUGAUUGACGAAAACAGUUUUUUCAAUGACAGACAGAAACGGGAGUCGUCGGGACCUGUGACUAUGAAGAUAUCUGAUGCAUUGCUGAUUGACGAAAACAGUUUUUUCAAUGACAGACAGAAACGGGAGUCGUCGGGACCUGUGAAUAUGAAGAUAUCUGAUGCAUUGCUGAUUGACGAAAACAGUUUUUACAAAGACAGACAGAAACGGGAGUCGUCGGGACCUGUGAAUAUGAAGAUAUCUGAUGCAUUGCUAAUUGACGAAAACAGUUUUUUCAAUGACAGACAGAAACGGGAGUCGUCGGGACCCGUGAAUAUGAAGAUAUCUGAUGCAUUGCUGAUUGACGAAAACAGUUUUUUCAAUGACAGACAGAAACGGGAGUCGUCGGGACCUGUGAAUAUGAAGAUAUCUGAUGCAUUACUGAUUGACGAAAACAGUUUCGACAAUGGCAGAGAGAAACGGGAAUCGUCAGGACCUGUGAGAAAGAAGAUUAACGAUUUCUCCAACCACCGUGAGCAAAAGUCAAAAACUGAUAACUUUGACAUUUUAGGUGUUAUAAAACCACAGUAUGUAAAUGAAACAUCAGACUUUUGGGGCAAAGAGAGUGGUACAAAGUCGUCAUACAUGUGUAACAAAAAUGACAAAAUAUCUCAACAAGAAUGGUUUCAAAUUUCAAAAACUUUAUAUCCAAAUGUUCCAUCAGAAAAAUACUCUUAUUUUAUGCAUUGGAAAGCAAUGGUGCGUUUAUAUACAAAAGACCGUGUAUCCAGCUCAUGGUUCAGACAUACAUUUCCACAAAUAAAACCAAGGACUGCAUUAAAAUUUAUUGGUUCAACGGACAUAUUUCAAAAACUGUUUUGGCCAUUCGUCCUGAAAGUAGGGUUCAUGAAUCAAAGACUUGGACUCUUUGGAUUUACCGAAGAAACUGUUCCCGUUCAAAUACAGAAAACAAUCUUCUAUAAUGCCGUUGAGAAGUUGCAGACCAUCAAAAUUCCUGUCGCAGAAGGUAAAGUCAUCUACAGUUUUGAUAACAAUGUGGAUCUUAUUGAUGGAAUGAACCGGUCUGGCCUACUUGAAAACAGUAAAGAUUUCAUUGACGCAGGUCAUCAUUUAUUCACCCAAGACGAACAGAACGAAAUAACAAGAAAAGUUGACGAAGCCAUGAAGCUCAUACAGGAAACAAACCCAGAACUAUAUAGCGCUAUCAACCAAAUGGUUGCUUGCUUCGCAUUUUACAAGUCGCAAAAUAGGGCUCAUAUCGGAGGUACUGUGAGUUCUGCUCUUGGUGUUAUUUGGCUAGAUCCGAGCGCUUUGAGCAAUUGGUCCAUUCCAUUCUACGCCGAACAAAUUAUCCAUGAGUUUAUACACACCUCACUGUUUUAUGCAGAAUUAGUACAUGGCACAUUCACAGAUCACAGAGACCUGUCUAAAGCGAAAGUGAUGUCAUCUAUCAGACGACAACUUCGUGACUAUGACAAGAGUUUCCAUGCAGCUUACGUCUCAACAGGUCUUGUGGCAUUCCAUUCCAAGGCGGGCUUUUUCAACAGAGCAGAAGCGUUAGCGAAACCCCUUAUAUCUUCUGUAGAUGAACUGGUGAAAGUAAACAAACAAACAGGGAUACUCACAGACUCUGGAGAGGCGAUGCUACAGACUUUAGUUGACUUUCUUACUGUCGUGCGUUUAAAGGUCUGACUAUUUUGACUUAACUUCAAAUAUAAAUGAAUAAAAGAUGUGCAGCCUUACAA